ACGUGAUCUACAGCCUGGCGAUGAACCUGGCGGUCAGAAGUCGUGGAGCUGCCGCCUGAUCUCGCGUCAGAUUCGCGAGCGGAUGAAAUGACGGCAGCCAUGACGCUGUUCACCUCUUCACACUGCACUUCACUGCAACGAUCUCCACACCACACCCCCCCGAGCCUGACGGACAAUGAAAUAUGGCUGAUCUGCCAUAUCGGGACAAGAUGGCGGACAAUUCCAAUCGCGCAGCUGAGGAGGAAGAGGAUGAGGAGGAUGAGGUGGUGGAUGAAUCAGGCUACAAGACCGUCAAGGACGCCGUCCUUUUCGCAAUCGAUGUUAGCAAGAGCAUGCUCACCACUCCCGAGGACGCGGAUCCGAAGAAACCCGAUACCGGCCUGUCACCUACCAUCGCUGCUUUAAAAUGCGCCUACAGCUUGAUGCAGCAACGCAUCAUCAGCAACCCCAAUGACAUGAUGGGCAUUCUCUUGUUUGGCACCAAGAAGAGCAAGUUUCAAGAAGGUGAUGACGAGACUGGCAAGACUGGUCUCCAAUACCCGCAUUGCUACCUUCUCACCGACUUGGACGUGCCGGCUGCGGCUGAUGUCAAACACCUCCGCAAUCUUGUCAACGACGAAGGCGAAGCAACCGAUCUGCUACGAGCCUCCGAUCAGGAAGUUAGCAUGGCCAAUGUCUUGUUCUGUGCCAACCAGAUCUUCACUACAAAAGCCCCCAAUUUCUCCUCGCGCCGGUUGUUUCUGGUGACCGACAACGACUCUCCACAUGCCACCAAUCGCGAUGCUCGUAACUCUGCCGCUGUCCGCGCGAAAGAUCUCUACGACCUUGGCGUCACCAUCGAGCUCUUUCCCAUCUCUCAUCCAGAUCGUGGCUACACAUUCGACAGAAGCAAAUUCUACGACGACAUAGUCUACUCCGCCAUACCAUCCGAUCCUGAUGCACCCGCGCCGCUGACAACCGACAUCAAAGCCGCCAAUGCUUCCGCUAAGGACGGCAUCAGCUUGUUGCAGGCUUUGUUGUCCUCUGUCGCGUCUCGUGCUGCCCCGCGAAGAGCACUAUUCAGCAGCGUCCCGUUCGAGAUCGGCCCCGGGCUCAAAAUUAGCGUCAAGGGCUUUAUCCUUCUCAAGCGGCAGGAACCCAAGCGCACGUCAUACAUAUACCUCCCGCCAGACAGCGAGAAGCCUCAGAUCGCCGUGGGCAGUAGCACACUUAUGGCUGAGGAUACCGCACGCUCCGUUGAGAAGGUUGAGAUUCGAAAGGCGUUCAAGUUCGGUGGCGAGACAGUCUCCUUCACAGAAGACGAGCUGUCCAAGAUUCGAAACUUUGGUGAUCCAGUCCUGCGGAUCAUCGGCUUCAAGCCCUUGAGCAUGCUCCCGAUUUGGGCCAAUUACAAGCACAACACUUUCAUCUACCCCUCGGAAGAAGACUUUGUGGGCUCGACCAGAGUAUUUUCUGCGCUACAGCAAAAGCUGCUCAAGUCUCAAAAGUUCGGUCUAGCAUGGUUUAUACCACGCCGCAACGCCGUGCCUACCCUCGCCGCCGUGUACGCCGGUGCGGAGAGGAUAAGCGACGCGGGUGAUCAGGUGAUGCCACCAGGUCUCUGGAUCAAACCCUUGCCCUUUGCGGACGACAUCCGGGAACCACCGGCCGAGAUCGAUCUCAUCAAAGCCUCCGACGAUUGCAUCGACAAAAUGCGCGUCGUUGUUCAGCAACUCCAGCUUCCCAAAGCAGUUUAUGAUCCUCAACGCUACCCGAACCCGAGUUUGCAGUGGUUCUACCGCAUUCUGCAGGCUCUAGCCUUGGAGGAGGACCUUCCCGAGCAGCCCGAGGACAAAACGCUGCCGCGAUGGAAGCAGAUCCACAAACGCGCCGGACAGUACGUUGUGGAAUUCGGGGAGGUACUGGACAAAGCUUUUGCGAGGUGGCAGAAGGAUAGCGGGAGGAGUGGAGCGCCGGGGGUGAAUGGUGGCGCGAAACGGAGUCAGCCUUUCGGUGCUUCUGGCAGUGCGCCGAAGAGGGUGAAGAAAGAGGGCGAUGAGGAUGCUGGGAUCAGUGACGAGGAUAUGCGCGCGGCGUUUACCAAGAACGCGCUGAGUUCUUUUACUGUUGCUCACUUGAAGACGUGGUUGCAGGGCAAGGGGCUUAGCACGACGGGAAAGAAGCAGGAUUUGAUCGAUGUGGUCACUGGGUGGUUUGAGACAAAGCGAGAUGCGUGAAUGUUUCGCGUUACCCCGGAUUGCGAGAUGUGCAGUAUUAGCGACGGCGUUCGGAAGGGGUUUGAAGGGUUUGAGACGGGUGAAGAGUGAGAUUGUUUGCCUUCACAACCCACCCUUCUUUGCGUGAAGUGAAGUUUGGAAUGCAAAGCU